CGCCCCCCCCCCGCUCCUCGCUCGCUCCGCCGGGGAGGGGGUCGCCAUGGAUUGCACGAGCGGGGGCUGCGGGGGCGGCGGCGACCCCCGCCCGCUGGAGGAGAGCAAGCCGCUGCUGGGCGAAGCGCCCGAAGGGACCAAGAGCGGGGCCGCCCCGUGCCGGCGAGGCGUCCACUGCAGCGGCAUGAGGUACAAGCUGCUCCAGGAAGGGGACAUUCAGGUGUGCGUCGUGCGGCACCCGCGGACUUUCCUGAGCAAGAUCCUCACCUCCAAAUUCCUGCGUCGGUGGGAGCCGCAUCACCUGGCCCUCACCGACCACAGCCUGGCCUCCGCGACGCCAACUGGGUACAUGGAAAGCUCCAUUUCCUACAGUUCAAUUGAAGAUAUUCAGUUGCUCUCUUGGGAAAACGCCCCAAAGUAUUGUUUACAACUCACAAUUCCUGGAGGGACAGUCCUGCUGCAGGCUGCAAACAGUUACCUGAGAGACCAGUGGUUCCAUUCCUUGCAGUGGAAGAAAAAGAUCUACAAGUACAAGAAAGUGCUGAGUAAUCCAAGCCGCUUAGAGGUGGUCUUGAAAGAAAUCCGGACUUUGGUGGAUAUGGCAUUAACUUCCCCUUUGCAGGAUGAAUCCAUCCAUCAAGCCCCUUUAGAAAUAGUUUCCAAGUUGCUUUCAGAGGCGACCAAUUUAACUACUCAAGAGCAUGAAAAUAUUAUUGUGGCACUUGCUCCUUUGCUGGAAAACAACCACCCACCACCUGACUUGUGUGAAUUCUUCUGCAAGCAUUGCCGAGAACGCCCUCGAUCUAUGGUGGUCAUAGAAGUGUUCACUCCAGUGGUACAGAGGAUCCUAAAACAUAACAUGGAUUUUGGUAAAUGUCCUCGGUUGCGGCUCUUUACUCAGGAGUAUAUUCUGGCCUUGAAUGAACUGAAUGCAGGCAUGGAAGUGGUAAAGAAAUUUAUCCACAGUAUGCACGGCCCAACCGGCCAGUGUCCACAUCCCCGGGUCCUUCCGAAUCUCGUUGCCGUCUGUCUAGCAGCCAUUUAUUCUUGCUAUGAAGAAUUCAUCAACAGCCGGGACAAUUCUCCAAGCCUGAAGGAAAUUCGGAAUGGCUGCCAGCAGCCUUGCGACCGCAAGCCCAACCUGCCUCUUCGUCUUCUCCACACCAGCCCUGACCUGAUGUCCCGAGAGGCUACGCUGGCUGAAUCCCGCCUCAAGUCAGUCAUUGUCACGUCCAAUGAGAUCCACGUUGAGGUGGAACGCAACAACAUGGCUAACCAGAAGAUGACCGCCAGCAUUGGCAACGACAGCGAGCCCAACCUGAUUGACUGUUUGAUGGUCAGCCCCACUUGCAGUAGCAUUAGCAUCGAACUCAGUGCUCAGGCGGACCGUAUCCUCGGCUGCUUUGUGGAAAUACUCAAGAUGCUAUCAGAUUACGAAGAUUGGAGACCGGCUCUGGCCAGUUUGCUCCAGCCCAUCCCAUUCCCCAAAGAAGCUCUGGCACACGAGAAGUUCACAAAGGAGCUGAAGUACGUCAUUCAAAGAUUUGCAGAAGACCCAAGACAAGAAGUCCAUUCCUGUUUGCUGAGUGUGCGGGCCGGCAAGGAUGGCUGGUUCCAGCUCUACAGCCCCGGUGGCGUGGCAUGUGAUGAUGAUGGGGAACUCUUUGCCAGUAUGGUUCACAUUUUAAUGGGCUCCUGCUACAAGACAAAAAAGUUUCUGCUUUCAUUGGCUGAGAACAAACUGGGGCCUUGCAUGUUGCUGGCACUGAGAGGCAAUCAAACCAUGGUGGAGAUCCUUUGCUUGAUGCUGGAGUACAACAUCAUUGAGAACAAGGACACACAGCUUCAGAUCAUCUCAACCCUUGAGAGCACUGAUGUGGGGAAGAAAAUGUACGAGCAGCUUUGUGACCGGCAGAGGGAACUCAAAGAGCUGCAAAGAAAAGGAGGCCCCACCAGGCUAACACUGCCAUCAAAAUCCACGGAUGCGGACUUGGCUCGUCUCUUAAGCUCGGGCUCUUUUGGAAAUCUGGAGAACCUCAGCCUGGCCUUUACCAACGUCACAAGUGCCUGUGCAGAGCAUCUAAUUAAACUGCCUUCACUCAAGCAGCUGAACCUGUGGUCCACUCAGUUUGGGGAUGCAGGUUUGCGGCUCCUCUCUGAACACCUCACAAUGCUUCAAGUGCUCAACUUGUGUGAAACGCCCGUUACCGAUGCUGGCUUGCUGGCCCUGAGCUCCAUGAAAAGCCUCUGUAGUUUAAACAUGAACAGCACCAAGCUCUCAGCAGAUACCUACGAAGACCUCAAGGCUAAAUUGCCCAAUUUGAAGGAAGUGGACGUCCGCUAUACUGAAGCUUGGUGAAAAAGAAAAAAAAAAUCCCCCGUGGCGCAUUUGUAGAAAUUUUUUUCUUUUUGACAGGGAGAGAAGAGAAUGAUUUCUAAACCAU